GUUAACAGCUCUGCUCCUCACACAAGCGCGCUCACCCACACGCUUACACUCGCUUAUUCGCUCGUAUAGUUCAUACUUUCGCUCGCAAGCGGUUCCGUGAACGGCCAUUGUUCCCGCCACAAUGCGUUGACAUUACGAGUACGUUCGGAAACGAUUAAUUGACGUGAUAUUAUCACUGAUUGUUUUUAAACGUUUUUUUAAACUGUGACCUUUUUUAAUUGGGCUAUUUUUAGUGUAAUGUGAUUGGAUUCGGAUGUUGGACCGGUCAGGAAGCGGGAUAACACGAGACUUCAAAGCACCAUCCGACAUCAAACGGCCAACUACUCAACCCCGAGGGGCUAUUAAACGUUAAUUCAAUCAUAAAAACAAACAUGUACGACUAUUCUCGUAAAAUUCGCGGUUAAAAGAUACACAUGAACGCAGAACAAGUCCACGCAGAACCGGUAAAUACUAAAAAAGAUACUGGAGAGAUGCAAACAGUAGUAUCAAAUUACGUGACACCAAACUUAAUAACGCAAGCCGACAGGUUAAUUGUUUCUCACAAUUAUCCUAGUGAUAGUUACACGGAAUAUUAUGGUGAAGACGUAGAUAGGUUAUCGUUUGACGCUAGAGAUGAGAGAGAACACAGGGAUGAAAAUAUUAACGUCGAUGAGGAUGAAAAGGAAGACGAAUUGGUCAUUGCUGAUGAUGUCACUGAAGAUUCGAAUCAAUGUCAAGAUGAAAGUACAGGACAUGAUACUUAUAACGUAAACAUAAAUCAGUUAGACAGAGGUGCCGAAGAUAGUACCGUACAAAUACAAGAUAAUUGUAAUAUAAAUAGUGAUAGAGAAGAAAGCGGGGAACCGUCAUGGCAUCCGCAUGUCUACGGGAAACCCCCUAAGAAGCCAACGCCACAUACCAUAGAGUACAUUUUAGGAUUAUCAAAAGUAGGAGAGGUCAAAGAACAAAAGAGGUCGACAGUGAGUCAAUUAAUGAACGUGAAACGAAAUUUCGCCAAUAAAAAGACUUUUGCGUACAAAGAAAAGAGUACUCAAGUGCCAAGGGACGUGCCAGAGAGGAAGGUUAGUCUAAGUGCCCACAAGAACAAACUGCAAGAGCAAUUGCUUCAACGUGGUGUUAGAACUAGUGAUAGUGAUUAUGACAAAGUGUUCGCGUUUAAGACUGACGAUCAGCCGCUGAACCUGUCCGUGCCAAAGGCCAAGGACUCUCCAGCGUGGAGUCCUGGUGGGGACGAAGAUAAGUUUAAUAAAGAUACAAAACAGAUGAAGCGCAAGAAGUCAACGGACGACGUUCGCUCGCCACUCGGUGGAGAAGGCUCCAUGACCAGUGAAGAAGGGGAAGAACUGGGCAGGCGCAAGAAGGCUCGCACCACCUUCACCGGGAGACAGAUCUUCGAGCUGGAGAAACUGUUCGAAGUGAAGAAGUAUCUGUCUUCUGGCGAGAGGGCGGAUAUGGCGAAGCUGCUAAACGUAACUGAAACACAGGUGAAAAUCUGGUUCCAAAAUAGAAGAACGAAAUGGAAGAAGAAGGACAACUUGUCAAACGCAGAAGUAGCCGAAAUCAAACAACAGACAAAGCCGGGCACAGAAGAGAAAUCUGAAGAAGUUCAAGACCCCCUAGCCUUGGACAUGUCCAAAAAAACCUGCAACAAAAUACUCAGUGAAAAGCUUAGGAGCACCACGCAAAAAGUGAACCUCCCUCAAAUUAUACCAAAACCUAGAAAAGUAGAGAAAGGUGUUAUCUUAGAAUCGAUAUGCGAUUCGAAUGACAUAGAAAGUAGGAUAUCGAUAACGAAAAUAACGAACAAACUAUCGAAUACGGAUCUCUCGGAGGCCGUGUCGGUGAAAAGUUUCACUCCCGAGGAGGUGAAGGAGAAGUACGACUCUAGAGAGGUUGAGAUGUGAAUUAUAGUUUAUUUUUAUUUUUAGGCUAGACGCUUGUCUGUAGCGUGCACAGGGUUUCUGACCAGCUGCCUUAUUCAGUAACUUUUCCAACAAGUUGCAAACUGAUCGCCACAGUUGUUAACUUAACGCUAAUCUUGUUUUGAGUUGACAGAACAAAAUCGGCUAGCAAUUGUAAGAAAAGACACUGAAUUCCGGGUCAGGCUAUGCAUAAAGCAGAAAGAUGGCAUUAAAUAAAAAAAUCCCUCCUGCUCACGUUGCAAAAAAAUUUAAGGGUAGACAGUGUACAUGUAUGAAGGGCGCUUGUGGACUGCGGGCUACCAUGAACUUGACAACUUUUUAGACGCCCAAAAAUGAAGUGUGUUAAACGUAACUUCUAAAUGCUCAAUCUUAUUUUCAUGUACAAGGUAUAGUUAGAAACCAUAAAUCCCGAGUGUCACCGAUCGACCGCAUCAAUUCUGUCAACUUAUUCAAAAUGGCGUCUGUAUGGCGCCAUUAUAAAUUAGUAAAUAGUAGUGUUUUUUAAAUAUUUUAAUUACUAGAUGCAUACUGCGGUGUUACCCGCGGUAAGGGCUUAAAGGAAGGACGACAUUUGAUGUAAAAAUACGAACCUUCCAGUAAACCAGCCUAUGUUGUCUUUCAACUAACUCUUUGCCAAAAGUCAAGUCCAUUGGUUGCUCAGUUAGGGCGAGAGAGAUUAAGAGAUUUUUUUUUAGAUUAUUACUGAUACUUGAAAUUGGUGCCUUUAUCUGCCAUACGUACAAUAACAGAGCUACGGCGUUAACUCCGGCACAUUAAUAUGACGCAGUCUCUACAUGUGUAGAACUGUACCAUUUUACGCUCAACUGAUCAUCCAUC